AUGCCCGAAAACCGCGCAGCAUGGCAAGACGAAGUCGGCACACCCCUCUCCAUCCGACCAACCCCCUACCAAACAGACCUAACCCCAACCCAAAUCCUCAUCAAACCCCACGCCUGGGCGAUAAACCCAGCCGACCACAUCUUACAAGACCUAUCCCUCCCCUUCGUCAAAUACCCCGUAAUCCUAGGCGAAGACAUCGCCGGGACAAUCGAAGCCCUCGGCAACGAAGCCAGCACCCACUUCCAGCUUCACGAUCGCGUCCUUGCCUUUGCGCAGGGCGCAACGAAGGGCGCAGCUAUGGGCGGAUUCCAGGAACACGUCCUCGUCGAUAUGGCCUUUACCUGUGCUAUACCGGGGGAUAUGAGUUUCGCUGAAGCGAGCGUUUUGCCGUUGGGGUUUACUACCGCUGCUCAUGCGCUGUUUAACGGUGGGACUUUGGGAUUGCCGCGGCCGAGUGGUGAUUUCGUUUCUGGGGGUGUAGGUAAAAGGGUGUUUAUAUGGGGUGGUGCGUCUUCUGUUGGUGGGAAUGCGAUUCAGUUAGCCCGUGCGGCGGGAUUGGAGGUUCUCACGACGGCGUCGAGGGGGAAUUUCGAGUAUGUGAAGAAACUUGGGGCGAGUGUAGUCUUUGACUAUACCAGUGGGACUGUGGUGGAGGAUAUUGUUUCUGAAUUGGAUAAUGGUGGUGCGCCUUGUGUGGGUAUCUUCCAAGCGGCUGGGUCGAAUGACUCUGUUGGGCCUGUGAUAGAGGUGGCUCGACGGGCGAAGGGGGAUAUUGUUGUUAUCACGACGUCUCCGUUGCAGGAUGGUAUGGUCCCUGAGGGUGUGAAAGCGAAGAUGCUGUUUGGAAAUAGUCAUGAUGAUAUCCUGGAUAUGUGGAAGCUGUUUUUGCCGAGGGCAUUGAAGGAGGGUAAGUACAUUGUUGCUCCGGGGCCACUCAUUGUUGAAACGAGGGGGCUGGAGGGGAUUCAAUUGGGAUAUGAUAUCCUGAAGAAGGGUGUUUCGGCGAGGAAGGUCGUUGUUCUGGCAGACUAG